AUGGUCCGAGCCGCCCUUUUGCAGCUGGGGCGAUUCCUCCGACGCCGGAACGUGACACCGGGAGGAGUUGACCUCGGCAAUGCGAAUCUCCCCGAGCGUCCGUCUCCGUCACGACCGUCAUUGUCACACGCGACACUUCCUCUUUCCUCCACAUCCGCCAUCCACGAUAUCGACGACGGUUUUUAUCGCCCUUUCUCAUACAAGGCCUGGUGGCCAGAAUUUGACACCAUGUGGAAGCCGUCAGAGCGCCUGAUGGAAACCAUCAGGCACUAUGCCAGCUUCCCCGCAACCGGAGUCUCGUUGAGGCAGAUGGUCCAGUUUGGUGACCGUCCCUCCACUGGCACUCUCUUCCGCGCAUCCCAAUUUCUCUCCGAGGAGCUUCCCAUUCGCCUCGCCCACCGAGUCCAAGACCUGGGCGAACUGCCCGAUGGCCUCAGCGAUAUGCCAUCUAUCAAAAAGGUCCAGGACUGGUAUGCGCAAUCCUUCGAGGAAAUCAUCAACCUACCUCGCCCUACCCUUACCCAGGAAGUCAAGGCUCGUCUACUGCGACCGAAUCGCAUGAAUGGUAGUACUUCCAAGAUUAUCUCCGAGGCGACGCAAAACCCCAGCAUCAAGGAGGGCCAAUACCGCUCCCUACCGACCACCAACGGAAACGGACAUGGCGUCGUCGCGGCUGCCGGGCGCCGAUACUUCUUCCCCGCAGACGACCACGGAGACUGGCCACCGGAACUCAAUGAUUACAACCAACGAUUCGCCAAAACUCUACAACAAAUCAAGCGCCGUCACGAUGGUGUCGUUACCACUGUCGCCCAGGGUAUCCUUGAAUGGAAACGGGUGCGGCAACGCAUGCAAAUCGACUCUACCAUCCAGUCCUUCCUCGAUCGCUUUUACAUGUCUCGUAUCGGUAUUCGAAUGUUAAUUGGUCAACACAUCGCACUCACGGAACAAACGCAUAUCAAGCACGCCAAUUAUGUCGGAAUCAUCUGCACCAAGACCAACGUUAAGGACAUUGCGCUUGAGGCGAUCGACAACGCUCGCUUUGUUUGUGAGGAUUACUACGGUCUGUUCGAGGCGCCCAAGGUGCAGCUGGUCUGCAAGGACGAUCUGAACUUUAUGUACGUGCCCGGUCACCUGUCGCACAUGCUCUUCGAGACCCUCAAGAACUCGCUGCGCGCGGUGGUCGAGCAGCAUGGCGCCGACCGAGAGCAGUUUCCCGUCACCAAGGUGAUCGUCGCCGAAGGCAAGGAAGACAUCACAAUCAAGAUUUCGGACGAGGGAGGCGGUAUUCCACGAUCAAGCAUCCCCUUGAGUGAUUUCAAGGCCCCUAUGGCCGGCUUUGGCUACGGAUUGCCGAUCAGUCGUUUAUACGCCCGGUACUUUGGAGGUGAUCUCAAACUGAUCAGUAUGGAAGGAGACGGCCGGACCCGGUUCACCACUUCGCACCGCCUGCAUCCCAUUUACAUCGAACCGGUACCCAAAAUUUCGUCUCGAGGACUGACACCUAUGAAUGCUCAGGCACAUCGCAAGCGCCUACAGAGUCGGGAGGUUUCGGAGCGAAAACAGGUCGGAGAUGCGGAGAGUCUUUUCCACGCGGAGGAGCGCCGUCGCGAGGAAGCGGAGGAAGAGCUAUGA